AUGGGGCCGCGCUCGUACUCGCCCACGCUGUUCUUCUUUGGGGGCGGCGAGCCGUACGACACGAUCACGGAGUGCAACGCGCACUGCGGGAAGGAGCCGUGGAAGGAUACCGACUCGCGCUGCGAGCCGUUCUGCUCGGAGCGGCUGCAGGCGUCCUACGACCUGCUAGCUGCCAAACCUUUGCCCGCCCCUGCUUCGGCGUGGCAGCCUGGGCCGGUGGUCGCGCCGCCCGACUACUUUGCGCCCGCCGCCGCGCCGCCGCCGCCGCCGCAGGCGUGCAACACCAAGGCCUGCCUGGCCACCGGGCCACCGAUACUCGAGGGCCGCCUGGGCGCGCUGGCCGCGGUGCUCCAGGCGCGCCUCGACCUGGACGCCGAGAGGCUUGCCAGGCGGGAGGACGUCUCUCAGCUGACCGCUGGCCUCGCGCUGGUCGCCGGGGGGCGCCCCGACCUCGCCCACGCCGACGUGAUCGCCAGGGCGGCGCUCGGCGGCGAGGACCCCAAAGAGCACGCGACAGCGGACCUGGACUUCCGGUCGCCGGGCGUCCUGCCGGCGGCGUCGGCGGCGCCGAGCUCGCCGCCGCGCCGGCGCUCGCCGUCCCUGGCCUCGGCGGCCAGCGCCGCGGAGUUCCGGCGGGCCCUCGCCGCAGAGCGCGACGUGCUCGUCGCAGCCGCCGCGGCGGAGGGGCCCGCCGCGCUGCCGCCCCCGCGACGGGGGGCGGCGUCCCCGGCCAGAGGCUGGGACGACGAGCUGCUCGCAGCGGCGCCCGCUGGGCGCGCUGGAGCCCUGGCCCGGCCCACCCGGUGGAGGUACGAAGCCGCCGACGGGAAGGGCGCAGGCAUCCGGAAAGCCCCUUCCAUCGACGCGGAGCGCACCGGAGACGUCCUUGCGUCCGGGGAGGUGUUUGCUGUCUCCGAGGAGAAGGAGGGCCGAGGGGGCGUGACCUUCCUCAGGCUGCAAGACGGACGAGGCUGGCUCUUCGACCGGAAGCCGGGGGUCGGCGCCCUGUGCACGCGGGUGCCCGAGCGGGCGGCCCCCGAGGAGGAGGAGGAGGGCGGCGCCGAGCUGCCCGAGGCGCCCGCGCCGAGGGCGGCGGCGGCGGCGGAGCCUCCCGGAGGCGGCCGACGCUCCCUGCCGCGGGCCUCCACCAUGGGGCGGCUCCGGCGGUCGCUCCGGGAGGGGUGA